AGUGCGGGGCGCAGGGCGGAAGCGGCGACACAGGCGGAAGCGGCGGCUCAGAAGCAAGAUGCUCUGGUUUCAAGGAAAUAGCAUGCAGUUUGCCAAGUACUCCUUUAGACUCUUCCUGAGAAAUCUCUCUGCCUCUAGGACUGUUCUGCCUGUGUUGACCUUAUUCACAAAGGAUCCAUGUCCCCUUUGUGAUGAAGCUAAAGAAGUACUGGAGCCUUAUAAAAACAGGUUUAUUUUACAGGAGGUGGACAUCACACUUCCAGAAAACUCUGAUUGGUAUGAGAGGUAUAAAUUUGACAUUCCCGUCUUUCAUUUGAAUGGCGAGUUUCUGAUGAUGCAUCGAGUAAACAUCUCAAAACUUGAAAAACAGCUCCGGAAACUUGAGCAGCAAGGUACUGGAGGCUGAUGAAAGCCCUCGUGAUUUUCCACCCUCGCUGUCCAGAGGCAUCUUCCCAAGGAAGUGACCAUGGCCUUGUACUCCUGUUGUCAACUGUCACACAGCCCUAAUAAGGUUCUGAACUUAGUGGUGCCAAAUAAGUGUUGAGAUUUCUCUUCUGAUUGAUGGAAGUACCCAUGUGAAAACUGUUUACGUUUGGCAUUUUAUAAAAUAAGAGGAGCAUGUUGGCAGGGAGGGUGGGAGAAAUCCAUUUGUUUUAUUUCUUUUUCUCUUGUUAUCUGUAUUAAUAUGGAAACAUUUCACAUUCAUUGGACAGUGCCGUUUAUAGGAAGAAGGCUCUACAUCCCUGCUGCUGCCCCAAGGGCUUAA